AUGUCUACGAGUGUAUUGGGCUCUUGGGCCGACGCCGAAGGCGAAUUUUCGGCUCCCGAUGUCACAGUGAACCCUGAUGGUACUAAGACCGUGGUGACCUACCGUUUGAACCAAGACGGCAAGAAAGUGAAGGUCACCCAGCGCAUCCGUGAAGUUAAAGUGCAAGAAAAGGUCCACCCUUUGAUUGCCCUCCGCAAGAACUGGAAGAAGUACGGUAAGGAAAAGAACCUGCCUCCUGGUCCCGACACCUCGACCACCCAAAUCGGUGAAAAGGUUGAGUUGAAGUUGGGUACUUCGUGGAAGGAGACCGAGAAGGCCGCCGAAGAGGAAAAGCAACAGGACGCCCAAAAGGUGGUUCGGAACAGUAUUCAAUGUCGUACUUGUGGUGGGGACCAUUUCACCGCUCAAUGUCCUUUCAAGGAAACCCUUGGCGCCUCGCAACCUCAGAAGGAAGCCGAAGCUGGCGACAUCCCUGUCUCUGGUUCUGGCAAGUACGUGCCCCGUCACUUGCGUGCUGACGCUAACGGCAACUUGCCUUCUCGCGAUCGCGACGACUCUACUACGUUGAAGAUCUCCCAACUUAAUACUUUUGUCGACGAAGACAUGAUGCGCAACGAAUUGUUAGCUCGUUUUGGCCCUCUCCAGCGUGUUACCAUUGUCCGGAACAAGGAAACCGGGGAAUCAAAGGGGUUCGCUUACGUGGCCUUUGCUACCGAAGAAUUGGCUCAAGCCGCUUUGGAUCAAUUAAAUGGCAAGGGUUACCACUCGUUGAUUUUGCAUUUGGAAUGGCUGAAGAAGAGAAAGCAGUAA